AUGGAGAGCACUCCAUCGUCGCGGAAAGGUGGGGUCUUCAUCAAGGAUCCAAACCGUGGGCGAAGACUUGCAGCUGCAUUCCUCGAAAAUGCUGCCCAGUUAGACAAGAACAAUGAGGAAAAGUUCGAAAACCUUCAACUUCGCUCUGGGGCCCCAGGAACACUGAAGAUGAGUUGUCACUUGGUCCUACUAGUCUGCCUUCUACUUUACAAUCUGCCGUCUGUGCCCGGUUUGGGGAUGUCGCGCGUUCACCUCUAUACACUGGAGAUGUAUACUUAG